AUGACGAACCAUACCACCCCUCGUCCCAAGACCAUGCGCGCCGUGGUCUGGGAAGGAAAACCCUACGAGAUGGCCGUCAAGGCCGACAUCCCCAUGCCGCGCCUCCGGGAGCCCGAGGACGCCGUCGUCCGAAUCACCACGUCGGCCAUCUGCGGCACCGACCUGCACAUCUACCACGGCAUCAUGUCCAGCCCCGAGGUGCCCUACCCCGUCGGCCACGAGGCCAUGGGCAUCGUCGAGGAGGUCGGCGACGCCGUCGACAACCUGCGCGUCGGCGACCGCGUCGUCGUCUUCGGCAUGCCUGAGGACGGCGUCAUCAACACCGAUAACCAGAUCUUCCCGGACCUCGCCGGCUUCGGCCUCGGCAAGGACUUUGGCGACCUCGGCGGUCUUCAGGCCGAGUACGUCCGCGUACCCUUCGCCGACAGCACCCUCAUCAAGAUCCCCAAGAAGCUGUGUGACAAGGAGUGGCUCUUCCUCAGCGACAUCUUCCCCACCGCGUGGGAGGGGCUCAGCUGGUCCGGCUUCCAGCCCGGCGACUCCGUCGCCGUCUUCGGCGCGGGCCCCGUCGGCCUCAUGUGCGCCUACAGCGCCAUCCUCCGCGGCGCGAGCCUCGUCUACGUCGUCGACCACGUGCCCCAGCGCCUCGCCAAGGCCGCCGGCAUCGGAGCCGUGCCCAUCGACUUCACAAAGGGCGGCAUUUCCGCGUCCGAGCAGAUCCUCCGCCUGCGCCCGGGAGACGUCGACCGCAGCGUCGACUGCUGCGGGCAGGAGUGCGUCAACGCCGAGAUGAAGCCCCAGCAGGACUACAUCCUCCGCGAGGCCGUCGCCGUCACCUCCGCCGGCGGCGGCAUCGGCGUGCCCGGCGUCUACUGGGCCCAGGACAAGAGUGCCGGCGCGCCCAAUGGCGACCGGAUGAAGAAGAACAUCAGCUUCCCCAUCGCCGACUUCUUCAUCAAGGGGCUGACGCUGAAGACCGGCACCGUGCAGGGCAGGCCGACGUUCGAGGCCCUGGUGAAGCUGGUCGAGAGCGGGCGGGCGAGGCCCGGCUUCGUUGUCACGGCCGAGUACGACCUCGACGACGCGGCCAAGGCGUACAGGCGGUUCGACAAGAGGCUCGAGGUCAAGGUGCUCUUCCGCGGGGUCGGCAAGGAGGGCAGGGAUGACUAUGAGUGGGAAGAGGAGAAGACGCACAAGGAGCCAGGCCACAACGGGACCGACAAGAGGUGA